UCAUGGCGGCGCCCAUGGCAAGCACGCUCGAAAACUUUCGUGAACUGUUGUAAAUUUUGCCAACGCAUUCUAUUUUAGAUGUUGAAAUUAUAUUCAUUAUUAUUUUAAAACAUUUUCCUGUAUAUGUGUCCAUAAAACUUUUUUAAAAUGAUCUUAUACUCCGUAAAUGCUUUUAAAAGUCUGAUUUAUAAUUCGAGUUUAAGAGGAAUUGCGACUAGUUUUAGUAGAUAUAAAGCAUCAAAUUUUGACAGUACCAGGAAAAGAGACUUAAAAUCUUUAUUGGAUGAUGCCUCAUCUUUUGAGGAAAAAAAUCCUUUGUCUGAUCAAUGGACAACUCCUGUUUAUCCUCGAGGCGUUAAGAGGAAUCAGCAGCAGCAUUCCAUUCGACCACAAGUUGAUCCCAAAACGACAUCUGUUGUGCUAUUUCCUGGCCAAGGAACUCAGUAUGUAGGUAUGGCUAAAUCACUAUUGAAUUAUCCGAAUGUUAAAGAUAUGUUUGACUGUGCUAGUGACAUUUUGAGAUAUGACCUCCUGGAUUUGUGCCUUAACGGGCCUGAAGAUAUGUUAAAUAUGACAGUUCAUUCACAGGCUGCUGUAAUGGUUUCUUCACUUGCUGCAGUAGAAAAGCUAAGAAGUGAAGAAUCAUGGAUGAUAGAUAAUUGUGUUGCAACUGCUGGAUUCAGUGUUGGUGAAUAUUCUGCAUUGGUGUUUGCUGGUGCUUUGGAAUUUGCAGAUGCUGUGCGAAUUUUGAAAAUACGUGGUGAAGCAAUGCAGGCUGCCUCUGAUUUACAACCCAGUGGCAUGAUGACGGUCUUCCUCUCGCCUUCAUCCAAAAUAAAAAUGGCAUGUGCUUCUGCUAGGAAAUGGUGUGAAGAGCAAGGCAUUAUGGAUCCUGAAUGUAGAGUUGCUAUUUAUUUAUUUCCAGAUUGUAAAGUAAUUUCUGGCCACAUGGAAGCAUUGCAGUAUAUAGAAACAAAUGCAGCGAAAUUUGCCAUUAGGAAAAUGAAGUACAUACCUGUGAGUGGAGCUUUUCAUUCAUCUUUAAUGUUUCCUGCAAAAAAAGUUUUGGAAAAAGCUUUAAAGACAAUUUCUUUCGAGGUACCCAUGAUUCCAGUACAUGCCAAUUAUGACGGAAAACCCUAUACAACUCCAGAGAGUAUACGAGAAAAAUUAGCAAAACAGCUUUGCUCUCCCGUAGCUUGGGAGCAGACUAUGCACAUAAUAUUCGAAAGAGAUAAAGGUAAAGGAAUGCCCAAUACUGUUGAAUGUGGACCAGGAACUUCAAUGAAGACUAUUUUACGAAAUAAUAACAGGGAAGCAUAUAAAUCUUGUACAAAUGUAAUAGCCUAGUAUGUAUAGUUUUGAACUGAAAAGUUUUUGUGGAAACAAUCAAUUUUCUUUGUAAAUAGACUCUU